AUGUCAGAAUCAGAUUCUGAAGACAAAGAACCCCAAAGCAGAAGUGAGAAAUUUGCAGUAAAAUAUAUUGAUUCAUUGUCUGCUAUAACUGGUGAUGGAUCCAGUAUUGCUAGUGAAUGGAACAAGGAAGAUAAAGAAAGCAACAACUUCGAUUUUGAUAAGUCUCAGAUCACUCAUCUUGGAAGGAACCAGUUGCUGAACCUGUCACUCUUUAUUUGGCCUGGCAUCUUGGCUGAGAAUGAAAAGGAACCUGAUGACAGUGAGAUAAGCAUUACAUGCUGUCAGCCUAAUAUCUGUGCAAAGAGAGUCCAUACAUCCAAAGAUUUGGAGUCGUCGCUUGCUAGGAGCUCGGCAAAAUACGAGCAGGCUCCUAUCACCGCUGUGGUCUAUGUUGCUGAAAAGGGCAUGGCAUCACAAAAUGAUUCUCCAAUUGUGCCUAUGAACUUUCCUGAAAGCAAACAAGGCUGUCAUGAGGAGCUUUGGAACAACCAGUAUAUGGCUGUCACUCCUAAGGAAAAGGACAUUGAAUCAGCUAUCGACAUCUUGUUCCCAAAGUGGAGUGAACAGGAAGAGGUUGAAUGUGCUGGCGAUCUAUCCUUUGAGUUAUUAUUCAUGGCUAUGUGUCAGACCUUUGACCUCACCACUGUGGGCGGCUGGUUGAAAUUAUUGAAGAGGCUGAUUGUCAAGAAAUCUCCUCCACGCAUCCAAAACAUACAGAUAAUAUAUAACGCAUUUUGUCGGUCUUUAUGUUACGUGUGUACAUACUGGAUUUUCUACACGUUUUUUACAUGUUCCGUGCCAAAUUUUUUGACGCUUGUCCGCUUUUUUGACGCAUGUCCUGACGCUUGUCCGCUUUUUUUGACGCUUGUCCCAACGCUUGUCCGCUUUUUCCGACGCUUUUCCAACGCUUGUCCGGUUUUUCUGACGCUUUUCCGACGCUUGUCCACAUCUUUGACGCUUGUCUCGACUUUUUCCAAACGACCGUUAGGAAAAAGACAUCGAAACCCAAGAAGUUGA